AUGCAGCCUAAAACCGCAAUCGCCAUCACAGCAGCGGCCGGUGUCGCGCAAGCUGGACCUCUCCUCGAGACCCGCGCAAAAAUCACCGACCUAAAUUCGUGCGAGACCUUCGACACCAACAACGCCGGGGUAGUCUUCAAGCGCGACGCCGGCUUCGCUUGCGACGGCUCCAUGUGCAAGGCGCCCAAAGUGAUGUCUGCGGAUCUGUGCAACUGCGCAAAGCCUUUCGAUACCAAUGGGAAGGCGCCGGAGUUUCGCGUGUAUGAUUGUUUGGAGAAGUUUCCGAGUCGUAAGCUUGCCGAACGCGACGACGAGAAGGUGCAACGUCCUGCGCCUCGUUCGAUGGUUUCUAUGGUCGGACGCACUAUUGCAGGCGAGGAAGUUGCUGCGCCUGUUGAGGCUGAUGUCGUUCAUGUGUCGGGUGACUGUCCUGCGACUGGAGCUGGAGGCAAGGGAUCUGUCGAGGGAGGUUGCGUUCAUCUGAAAGAGUAG